UGUAUAAAAUAUCGGUCUUUAGGAUUCAAAGAGAGAUUCUUUGUUGUCUUAUUGAUUUCGUGAGUCUAGUUUGUUUGUGCAAAUCAAACAAUCUCAGUACACAGAUUGAGAGAGUCAAUCACUUCGAUCCAUCAUUCCAUCAGAUUGAGAGAUUCAAUCAAACCUUCCUCCGCAAAUCCACUUCAAGCCAUCAUUUGAUCAAGCUGAGAGUGAUACACAUCCAGCAGCCUGAUUCCGCCAUAUCUAUCCCUUUCUUUUGUUUAUUGUUCUUGUUUUAUUCAUAUCAUAAACCUCAUAUCAUUUAAUUCCCUUUGUUUCAGGUUAUCAAGUCAUAAUCUGGCCAUAUCGACCAAUCGGCCACAUCUCUGGUCGAUCCGAUUUAAGCUUGGUUCCACCAUUUUUAUCAAUUCGUGGGUUACCCCCCCCCCCCCCCCCCCCGUGCCUAUAACAUUUUGGUAUCAGAGCUCAAGCUCCUGAAUCAGGUCACUCUAUCCUUGCAUCAUUCAUAUUUGUUUGCAUUUGUUUUUCAUCAUAAACCGAAAAUCCAUAAAAACUGUUUCUUUGUUUCAAGUUUUGUUUCUGCAUUUGUUUUGUGUUCUUGCUGUUCAUCAUAAUUUAAAGCCACGACAAAGAAAAGAAAAAGUUUUGUUUGAUUCAUUUAAAAAUCGAAAAUCCCAAAAGAAAGUGUUUGCAUUCAUUAGUUUCCAUAAAAGAAAAUCCCAUAAAAUUUUCUGUUUUGAAUUUGAUUCCUUUUCAUUUGCAUUCAUAAAUUAAAAAGCCAAAAGAAAUCAUCCUAGUUAUUGUUUCAUACCAUUUCUACUUGUCCAUUUCGUGAUUGCAUCAGAAAAGAAAAAGAAAAUAUUUUUUUAAGCUUUAGUUUAUAUUAUUUGCAUAUUUAAUUGUUGCAUUUCAUCCAAAGAAAAUUCAAAAAAAAAUUCAGCAUUAGUUUGUUUCCAUAUUUUAUUUCCAUUUAUUGUUCAUAAGCAUCCCAUACUGAUUUAUUUCGUGCUUGCAUCAAGAAAAUCAAAAGAAAAAUAAUUUUGCAUAAAUAAUUUCAUUUUGGUUCACAUUGGUAUAUUUUUUUCGGUUUAGUUUAAAUAGAUUUCAUUUUGUUUACCUAUUUUGGUUUGACCAAAACUUCCCAUAUCUUCACUUGCUCUUUGAGAUUGUUUUCAGGAAGCAAUGACAGAGGAAGAACACGGCCAACCCAUGAAGAAAAGACUAAGCCAACACUUAGCAGCUGUACAAGAGCUCAAUGAUAAGAUUGCUCAGUUGGGAAAAAGAAACAAGCCACAAGGCAGACGACCACCACAUGGAGAAACAAGAUUUGGAGAUGCACCAGAGGCUGGCUAUGUUGAGCCCAAGCCACCGGAUCCUUCAUGGAUCACCCCACACCAAACUUCUUAUACUCAUGAAUACUUAAGUCAUUCUUAUCAUGAUUAUAAAUGUGCUAAUAAUGUUAAGAUUUAUUCUUUUUCAGGAAGUAGCUGGCCAGAUGACUAUCUAUCAUGGGAAAGAACUAUGGAUGAAUGGUUUUUAUACCAUGUAGUGCCAAGGAAAGAAAGGCUUAGCCAUGCCAUCAAACAACUCUCCGAAAAAGCAUACUCAUGGUGGAAAAGAGUAGAUCGUGCACACGGUAAAAGUCCAGAAGAGGUUGUCACCAAUUGGGAAGAUCUUAAAGAUGUUAUGAUCAGGAAGUAUGUGACUACACUUCCCACGCAAGAAACCAGAAGAAAAUACCCAAGGAGAUUUUCAAAUAGUGUGUCCAAAGAGGCAAAGAAAGUGGUGCCACAACAAGGCCAUAGAAGCUUGAUCUAUCAAGACCAGAUUCGGCCAAGCCAGAUGCCCACGGUUUUAUAUGAUAAAUACCAACCUUAUGAGGUCCCAAAGGCCAUGGAGAAGAAGAACCUUGUCAGCCAAGUUUUGGCCAGACACAAAGAAAAAUCAGACAAACCGAUUUUUCAAGAGAAGGCCAAGGUAAGUCCUAUACUUGAUAAAUUUGUUUAUAAAUCAUCUCCCACUGGUAUGAGUCACUUGUCUUUGUCCAAGGAUGUUAAGACAGGUCCUGAGGUCCAGAAAGACACGAUCACCCAAUCCUUGUUGAUAUCAAAAGUUGUCCAUGAUUUAAGUCCAAGAGACAAGGAGAUUUUAAACCCAAAUAAAGAAGAGCCAUCCAGCCAAGGUAAGUCUUCUAACUCUGAGGAUUUGAAAUAUCAGACAUGUUAUAGAUGUCAUAAGAAAGGACACUAUGCUAUAGUUUGUCCUACUAAGAAAGCAUUGAUAGAAACAUCACUAGAAGAGAAAACAGAAUUAUCUAUCAAAAGUGAUAGUUUUAUUCAAUCUGAUUUAUUGGUUCCAAGUUCUUGUGUAAUGCACUUGUCUUUGUCAAAGGGUGAUGUAACAGGAACUAAGGAGCAUGAAUUCAAAGGAGAGGAGCAACUAGGCGCCACACCUGUGAUGGACCAGAAGAUGGUUCAAGACACAAUGCAGUCCAUAUUGCUUAAAGAAGCAAAACCGGUCAUAAAAGUAUCCCACCAAGGUAAGUGUCUAACACCACCUUUGGAUACUAGUACUGACGUGUGUGUUCUUGGUACAGGAAGAACAAAUGAAAGCUAUAAUAUUAUUGAAGUUCCAGAGAAAGAACCAGACCAUAAGCUCAGCCAUGAACCCAUUCACAAGUGGAAACCGAAAUCUGAACAAUCCAUUGUUCAAGUUCCAAAGCCUAUGGUAAGAUUCAUUUCAGAUCAGCAUGUUCUUAAUAUUUCCAUGACAGAUAUAAUGCACUUGCUUUUUGUCCAGAAUGUUGAGGAUUUUUCAGGUUACAAAGAAGAAAGCUUUAAAGGAAUCCCACCAGAUAUACUUUUGAUGCUAAGAGAAUCAACUCCAAAGAUGAUCAGAAACGUGGCCACCAAAAAUUUGAAGGACCAUCCACUCCAGAAGAUAAGAAAUGACCAUGUCCAGCGCAGAGGCGUGAUUCAUUCCUAUUUUCUCAAAGGAGAACCACCUGAUACACAAUCCAUUCCCAAACCAAAACAAUCCCAAGGUUACAUAGUUUCGAGGUCGAAACCUUGUCAAGAGGGAGGGGAUGUUGUGGUCACGAAAUCCAUGGUUCAACCAGAGUCUCACCAAACCGUCCAAACCGGCCAUCUAGGAGGUACCAGCGACCGAAGUUCAGUCCAAGGCAUAUAUCUCCACAACUAGAAUGAAUUUCAACAUGAAACCAAUUUUAUUGGAUUCUACACUCAAGAAAGAGUCCAGCCCAAUUGGAAUCGAGCCAAAAUAUUCGCGGAGAAAGAAGUUAUGAAUUUUACAAGUCAGAGGUUUUCCAGCCUGUCCAUCUGCGAGUACCCGAUUUUAGAAGGAGAUUCCAGCCCAAGGAAGGAGCGGCCUGAAGCAAAGCCCAUCAUAAGAGUCAAGAGUAGUUUAUCAUCUUUCCAGAAAGCCCAAGAUCAUGAGAAAUGGCCACGGAAUUAUGAAGUUAUGAUCCAAUCUCCAAAACCGGUCAAACCAGUUCUACACUUGCCUCAAUUGGAAGCUAACCGGUUCAAUCAGCUUCAAACCAGACAUUGGCGACCAGGAGAUCAUUUCAACCAAUCAGGAGAUACUCUAGGAGUCCAGGAGGAGUUCUGCAAGUUCAUACCAUGCACCAGCAACCAUUGGAUCAGGAAGAUCCCCAUUUACUCAAACCUGCCUUAUUUGGAGCAAACCGACAUUAAUGUCCAACAGCUCUUUUCUUUUCAGAUCAGGCACGAGAUCAGAACCUAUCAAGCACCCAGGAAGGUCCCAAGGAAGCUCUCUUAUCCAUUAAAACCGUCCAGGUUCAAGAAGAAUCAAGUUUCUCACUUGGAGCCAAAAUCCCAUAAAAGGCUCCAACGGCUAGUUUCCGAUUUUGUUACUUUGCUUGAUUUGUUUCCUUUUCUAUUUGUUUUAGAACGUUAGGACCUUUGUCUCUGAGCCUUAUAUAAGCUCCUAGACGUCCAUUGUAAAGAGCACCCUUAAUCACCAAGUUAAUAGAAAGUUUAUUCAGUUUUA